GCAGGUCCAAGCUGCUAUACGCAAAGUUGCGCGCAGAAAGCCCCAGCACACCGGCCGCCCACCGCACCCGCGCGCCCGCCGGCCCGCCGUUCACACCCCCCUGCUCCUGCUUUGACCACAGAUGCGACGGACCGGCCCAGGCCUGAUUGGACCGGGCGGCGCCCGCAGCAGGGAGGACAGGCGGCCCAGGGAGGCCAGGCUCCGCUGGGGCCGGCACGCACCGGGCGCCUUGGCCGCUUGUCCUUCGGCGAGCCGCGAGGUCAGACUAGCUGUCCUGCGCCUCCAGCCCCCGCUUCGGGCCCUCAGCCUCAGCCGCCCCUGUAGCACCCUCCCCGCAACGUGCUGCCACGCUGAAGGAAGUGGAAGACUACACAAGUCAAAGAUCCCUUAGGCCCAUAACCAGGUCGAUGUCAAGGUUGUUUCCAAGGACACUGAGAUGAAAACAGCACAAGAGCCAACACUGAAUCUUGGACAGACCCUGGAGUGGCUGAGAAAGGAGCUGUCUGAGAUGCAGAUCCAAGACCAGAGGCUCCUGCUCACGCUGAGACAUCUUCACAGUGUCCUGGAGGAGCUGCGUGCUGACAGUGCCCAAUGGGAGGAUGACAGGUCCAGUGGAGGAGCCUCCCCCAUCAGGACUCGAGCAGGCUCUGAAGGCAGGCGCUGCCAGCAUGUUUCCUCCAGGGGGCUGAUUCAGCUCCUCCGAGGGGAAGACUGCAGACGAAGCUCCCUUCCUUAACUGGCCGUAGGUGUCACUGACAUUAAACCCUCCUACCACUAGUCUAAUCUUUGCGAUAUUUUGGGGGGACAGCAUCAGGCUCUGGGUUCACCUCUGCCUUCAUCUGCUGUGUGUCUCUGGCUCCAUCACUCAGCUGCUCUGUGGCCCUGGUUCAUUUUCUGUCCCUUAGGGUUUCUUUGGGAGGCACAAUUAAGGUACUGGAUAUGAGAACGCAAAUGUGUUAUAUGGCUUUGGCAAGUACCAUGAUCCUAAUCUUGGGAAUUUCUUAAAAGGGGAUUGUUAAA